AUGGAGGCCAAGGCCGCCGCCGUGUCCCUGUCGGCGCCGCUGCCCUGGUGCCGCGUCGGCGGUAGCAACGGCCCGCUCGCGUGCUCUGCCUCUGCGCGGAGAUCGCGCAGGUGCGGGUACCACCAUGGCGCGCCCCUCAGAUCACUCGCUCGCCCCUCCUCCUCUGCCCGCUCCUUCCCCGCCGGCCGCGUCUACGCUAUGGCCGCGGCCGCAACGGCGCCGGUGAAGGAGCAGGACCUCGUCUUCGUCGCCGGUGCCACGGGAAAGGUCGGCUCCCGGACCGUAAGGGAGCUCAUCAAGCUGGGCUUCCGCGUCCGCGCCGCCGUCCGGAGCAAGGAGAGAGCGUCGCCCCUCGUGCAGAGCGUGGAGCGGCUGGAGCUCGGCGAAGGGAGCGCCCCGGCCUCGAGGCUGGAGCUGGUCGAGUGCGACCUGGAGAAGCAGGGCGAGGCGGGCAUCAAGGCGGCCAUCGGCGACGCGGCGCUCGUGGUGUGCUCCAUCGGCGCCAGCGAGAAGGAGAUCCUCGACGUCACGGGCCCCUACCGCAUCGACUACGUGGCCACCGCCAACCUCGUGCGCGCCGCGGCCAAGGCCGGCGUCGAGCACUUCGUCCUCGUCACCUCCCUCGGCACCACCAGAUUCGGGUUCCCGGCCGCCCUCCUGAACUUGUUCUGGGGUGUACUGUGCUGGAAGAAGAUGGCGGAGGAGGCGCUGGUGGCCAGCGGCGUCCCGUACACGAUCGUGCGGCCGGGAGGCAUGGAGAGGCCGACGGACGCGUACAAGGAGACGCACAACCUGGUGGUGUCGCCGCGGGACACGUACGUCGGCGGCCUGGUGUCCAACCUGCAGGUCGCGGAGCUGAUCGCGUGCGUGGCCAAGAACAGGAGGGCGGCCUACUGCAAGGUGGUGGAGCUCGUGGCCGAGACCACCGCGCCGCUGCUGCCCAUGGAGGACCUCCUCGCCAGGGUUCCCUCCGACCCCGGCAGGGCACCGCCCCCUGCUCCCGCGGCUCCGGCCGUCGUUGCCGAGGCGCCGAAGGAGUCGCCUCCAGCAGCUGCGGCGGCACCAACACCAGCUGCAGUACCUCCAGCACCGGCACCGGCACCGGCAGCGUCGGUGGCACCUCCAGCAGCGGCACCACCACCAGCUGCAGCACCUCCAGCACCGGCACCAGUUGCAGCAGCAAAAGCAGAGCGGCCGCUCUCGCCAUACGCGGCGUACGAAGAUUUGAAGCCGCCAUCGUCCCCAACACCCAGCUUUAGCAGCGGCACCACCGGUCAGGCGGUGAAGGAGUCGCCUCCUGCACCGGCACCGGCACCAGCUGCUCCGGCUCCUCCUUCUCCUCCUCCUGCUGCUUCUGCAAAGCCACGGCCGCUCUCACCCUACGCGGCGUACGAGGGGCUGAAGCCACCGUCUUCCCCGACACCCAGCAGGAGCAGCAGCAAGAAAAACGAUGACGGCGAUUCUCCAUCGCCGCCGCCCACUGCCGCCUCUCCGGAGGCAGCAACCAGCACCACUGCCGAGGCGGCGGCAGCCGAGCCCUCCUCGCCGCUGUUGGAUUCCAACGCCAACGGCGCUCCCGCCACCGCCGCCCCCACUGCUGAUCCAGGGCGCCCACUUUCACCAUACGCGAGGUACGAAGACCUGAAACCUCCAACCACGCCCACUCCAUCCGCCCCCAAAGUAUAG